AAGCUUUUUAAAGAUGAAACGUUUACGAUAAGAAGAAGUGUCAAAAGCAAAAGGCAACAGGGGCCUAUUUUAAGACAUUCCACUAUGACUCAUCCUGGCUCAUACCGCGCUUCUUCCUUUACAUUUCCUACAUGGAUCGUGUUUGUGUUUAUGUAUUGAUAAAGUUUAUCUCUUGGCUGCCUUUCCACUUCCAUGUGUGUCUAGCUAUCUAUCUACUGAUUCAUUUAUCACACAUACUUCUCAGCAUCAUCAAUGUGACAUCAUUGUCCACUCACAGCUUUUAAGAAACCCCAAACCUCUGCGAAUCCAUAUUGCCAGGGGCCAACAUCCUCUGGAAAAACAUCUGGGAGAAACUCAACAAUAAGACUGUGAUUUACACCAAUUAGAUAAUCCCAACAGGACAAAUUCUGGGUCAAGCGCCCGCCUGCCCUCCUACGCUCCCUGUCAGGCUCAGGUGAGUGGGAUAGUCUGUUGGCAAGUAACGGGUUAGUGUCUGUCUCCCCCCUACACCUCCUCACCUCAUCCCUUCACCCCCCCUUCAUCUCCGAGGGCUAUAUAUUGGAGGUUGUGACUCGUCUGCAUCUUAAGCAUCACUUGCACCCGCAGACACUCGCAGACAUACAAACACACACGUGUCUGGUUCACUUUGAGCGACGGUUCAGACGGAGAGCAGACUCUAGCGAUGAGGUCCCUGUUGAAGCUGGUUGUGAUUCUGUUUUGCGUCCAGAGAGGAGAGAGCCACUUGCUGAGAUCUCUGAUUGGUCAGAAACAAGAAACAGCAUCUCCACACACGUCACCCAACGAUGACAAGAGAAGCAGACAUUCAGCAGACGACUCAACAGAAGCUUCUGGAGCCGGGCCAUCACCCGACCCCAUGAUCCCGAUCCCAGUCCGCUCACGGCGCUCUACACUAGACUCCCAGUGCGGCCUGCGCUCCAUCCUGCUGCAGGUUCGAGACCUCGGGCUGGGCUACGACUCAGACGAGACCGUCCUCUUCAAGUACUGCAGUGGGACGUGUCCCCACGUUCGCUCCAACCACGACCUCACCCUAACCAACCUGCUGCUAAGCGGGGUGCUCCCUCAACCAGUGCCUGGGGAGCUGUGGCACAACGCGCCCUGCUGCAGGCCCACCGACCACGAGGACAUGGCCUUCCUCGAUAACUCGCACCGCUGGCACAAGGUGGAGAAGCUGUCGGCUGCGGGCUGCAGCUGCGUGGGCUAGACAGCCGAGCGCAGACGGCUGAAGGGGGGGAGGAGAGAGGGUGUAUGAUGGUUUGUGAGGACAAGGGGAUUCUGAGAGGACAAGUUUGCUGGCAGGUUCUCUUGUAAUGUCUAUAAAUGAAGAGUUUAAUUCCAAAAUGACACACCGUAGAGGAAGCUUAAACCCAUUCUUAUGAAGUUAUUUAUGUUAAAAUCAAUGAGCACAGAAUUAAGCUAUUUUCCCUUUCACUUUUGGGUGAAAACCUCAUGAAUCCAGUUUUGUUGGUUUAAAUGAUUUGACUUCAACUCGUGAUCUCAUGAGCUUCAUCGGAUUAGAAGUUUAUUACUUUUGGCAUUUGCAAGCUUGAAAAAACGACUUUGAUAGCAGUCAAGCUAAAUAACAAAAUCAGGCUGCUUUUCUUAGUUGAUGAACAGUUUAAAAUAUUGGAAUAUCUAAUGUUGGCAUAAAUACAUAUAGGGAAUUACAAACAAGCUCUUCAAAUGUAAGUACUUAAAGAAUUAUGGCAUUGCUCAGCUGAUUCUGCCAUGUUCUGAAUCUUGAUUUUCUUCAGUCCACAAGAGCAAAACUGAGCAGAGACAUGAUUCUACAACAAACUACUUGACUAUUUUUGUAAAUAAGCUGACAUGUAUUUAUUUAAAAUCUGUGCAAUUUUGGGGUUAACAACAGAACAGAUCAUAUGUACGAGGCUGCGUAGAUACACCAUGUUGUGGUUCGACAAACGCAGCCGAGUGAACUUCUUCACAAUUCAGACAUAUUCGUCAACAGUCCAGCUACAGUUUAAAAAAAUGUAUUUAUGUAAGAUAAGUUAUUUAUUUAUUUGUUCCUAUUCUUUUGUCAUGCCGAUUAACUUAUUUUGUAACGUGCCUAUCUCUGUUCAUUGUGUGUACAGUU